AUGCAGUGGGGCUUGAAGAGUGCACGUGGGCAGGCCCACACUCUGGAGAGCAUAGGUCCCGCCAUCGAACGUAUCCGCACCCGCUUCCCUGUGCAAGGUUCCCAUGACAUGAAAAAGACUCUAUUACAAGAAGAGAAAAUCAUGGUACCACGCCAGCUAAUUUUGGAAUACAUGAAUACCCACCAUCGUCAAGAGGUCAUUGCACGGAGAAGUCGACGGCUCAAACGGAGCUACUACUGGACUGCGGGUGUCAACAAUCUGUGGUCAUUUGACCAACAUAACAAAUGGCAACGGUUCCAAUUGUUCCUACACGUUGGUCUGGAGCCAUUCUCGGGGCAGGUUUUAUGGCUCAAGGUCUGGUGGACCAACCGCAAUCCCCGCUUGAUAUGCGGUUGGUACUGUGACACUGUCCCAAAACUUGGCGGCAUGCCAUUGGUGACCCAAAGUGACCCCGGAUCCGAAAACAAUGGCAUCGCGAAUGGUCACACUCUUCUGCGCCACCUUCAAGACCCUAGUCUGGAACGAACUCUACAACAUAAGUUUAAAGGGUCGCACCGCAAUAUCAAACCCGAAAUUUUCUGGAACCAGUUGCGUAGGCGAUGGUCUCCUGGUUUUGAACGCCUUCUCGACUAUGGGCUGAAUGAAGGUUUAUACAAUCCAGACAACCCUUUGCAAAGAUUCAACCAUACCCUUCCUAGGCACAACCGCAACAAGAUCUUGCCCCAUGAACGCCCUGCCGACAUUUUUGAACAGCCAGAAAACUUCGAAUCUCAAGAUUUCUCUGUCAAAGUACAUUUACCAUCACUUGACAAAGUCAGAAAUACGUAUGCUCCUCCUGAUCACCCUGUCUUUGAACUUGUUCCCCCCGCUUUUGCGCAGCAAGCUUCAGCUUUUAUCUCUAGUAUUGGCUCGCCCAUAGUCACACAAGAUAAUGCGUGGGAUGUGUAUCUCAACUUACUUGCACAUCUAACUGAAAUACAGAACAACGAACUUCAACAGGCUGUUAUGGACCAACCAGCGUUGCCAGAUGAAGGAUUUGUGGGGUCUGAGUUCAUGCCUCUCAUGGACCUUCCAGUCUACAAGCCGCUGCCAACGUACACAAGGGGCAGUUCAAGCGCAAACGAAUUCUCCUCUGAUGACGACGAAAGUGACUACAUGCAUGAAUGGACUGAUUCAGAUAGCAAUGGAUCUGGGCAGGCAGAUGUGGACAAUGGGGCCCAAGCGUGA